GUCUGCGCCCCCGGCCCCCGUGCUUCCCUCUUCUGGCCCCCUGGCUCCCCUCACCCGGCCUCCGCGCUCCGUCCCGGUGCUUCUUCCGCGUGGGGCGGCCGCGGGACCAGGCGCCUCCCCGGCUCGCGCCGCACUGGACGUGCUACGGGCGGUGGAGGCCGCCCGCCCGGAACCCUGUGAGCCGGAGCCUGCGAAGCUGCUUAGGCCAUGGAUUUGAAGGUUAGCAACGGCCCUGGCCUCGGGGACGAGCGCACCACAAGCCUGCUGCUGCUUGGCUUCCUGCAGAGCUGCCCCAACUCCUGCUUCCAGAGGGAGCUGGAGGCGCUGGGCCACGAGUUUUCUGAGCGCCUGUUCCAUGACGACGAGCUGCAGACGGACGGCAACCGCAGCAGCUACUUCUCCGUGGCAGCGGAGACAGAUUCUGAGCAGCAGGAGGAGGCAGUCCGCGAAGUCGCCCGGCAGCUCGCCCAGAUUGGGGACAGGCUGGAGGGCAGCAUCCGCCCAGGGAUGGUGGCCAGCCUGGCCUCACGCUUCAGUGUCAGGAGCCUGUCGGAGGAGGACAGGAGGCAGUGCCUGGCGGACGCGCUGGAACAGCUCAUGCGAACCUGCCCUGUGGACGUGGACCACGAGAAGACCCAGCUCCUGCUCACUAUGCUUUUGGCCAAAAAGAUAGCCGACCACUCGCCAGCCUUGCUCCGAGACGUCUUCCGCACAACAGUGACCUUCAUCAACCAGAACCUCCUCGCCUCUGUGAGGAACUUAGUCCGAAGUGAGAUGGACUGAGUGGACCACUCGGCAAAAGCACGACUGUGAAGACGCCAGGUGGUGUCAGCGUUGUGGCUGCUGCCUCCACGGACACGGAGCUUCGGCCACUUAUCCAGGCUCAGAGAAGAUGGCCCGAGACGAUCACCGAGUGUCACCUCACCACUCUAAAGCCCGGGGCUGUUUGACUUGCUGCAUUAACGUACUUGGACGAAGAUGUUCACAUGCACCUGUGGAUAUUUCUUCUGCAUCCAUCCCCACACUGUGCCUUUGUCUGCUGUUGGCCGGGAAGGUCCCCACCUGAAAAUCACCCAAAAGCAGAUUGGGACUUCCUGGUGGUCCAAUAGUUAGGACUCUGCACUUCCACUGCUGGGGCCUGGGUUUGAUCCCUGGUUGGGGAACAGAUCCCACAAGCCUUGUGGUGCAGCCAAAAAAGAAAAUAAAAGCUAACUGUUC